UCUCCCUCGGUCGACCCCCAGGUGAAUGUUGGGGUUUUGAAUCUACGUUAGUUGGAGGAGAGGAGAGGAGACGAGAAGGUGAACCACGCUACAACACCUGCUACUACUUGCCCGUGCCGCGUACCUCCCAGCGCCAUCACUGUCACCACCUUCACCACCGUCACCACACCUGCCCCGCCCGCACUGCAACACAGGUGUUCUCACUCUCCCAUUCAUUGCCAUCAGUCCCCAUGGCGGCCCUGCUGGUUCUGCUGCUGCUGGUUGUCUCUAGGGCGUGCCAGAGCUGCCCGGUCCCCAAUGCCUCGGACGCCCAGCUGCUCAGUGCCGACCCGUACCUGCAGCACAUCUUCUCCAGGUACGCUGACGAGAGUAUUUCCAGGUGCCUCAGGUGUCAUCACUCACGAGGGCAUGAUGCGACUGAUGCAGAACCUCCAGGGGACGACCCUCGCAUCCCGACCACGAGCACGACGCAGGGGACGACCACGUAACGCACGACCACCGCCCGCAUAACCACACCUGCUCCCAAACUCACGGUAGUCACGACUCUGUGCACUCUGGUGACGACCCCCACCGCUGGUAGCGAUCCCGCAAGGCCCCACGACCCCCAUGGCAGUGAACGGCACCCCGGCGACGACCACAGCCACGCCAAGGACCACGCUGACGACCACCACCACCAUGACCACCCCCCACGAGGACGGUCACCCACGAAAAGAGGAGCUUAUCCACCGCUACGACCCCCUCAGAUGCCUACGACCCACCACAACCAUGAGCACAACCACAACGACCACCACGACCAUGACCAUGAAGGUGGAACUCACGACAAACAUGGACAUGGUACACGUGCAGGAAACACCGACUUUACCAAACCAACGCCCCAUCGAAGGUCAUAUCAAGUGUGAGGAGCUCCGGGAGUUGCUGGGGCAUGGAGGAGCUUCACUUUCCAACGCUGUGACUGCCAGGGGCUUCAUCAACCUGUGCCCUGCCCUUGUAGCCUACCUUGACCUGUGCCCUGCUGAGGAAGGGACCCAAGAAGACCAUGACCGCUCACACGGCCACUCCCACCACCGACGCCGAGACUUUACCACUGAGAGUUGGGUUGGAGCAGUGACGAGCAUGGUGGUGGUGGGACUGAUGGGGCUGGGCUGCAUCAUGCUCAUCCCAGCACUGAAGCGAGGCCAGCACUACGAGCAGGUCAGCCGCUUCCUCAUUGCUCUGGCUGUGGGGACGCUGGCUGGGGACGCCCUCGUGCAUCUGCUUCCUCAUGCUAUUUCUAUGAAGGUGCCGGAGGGAAGCAAUGCCCAUGUGCUUCAUUCUCUGUAUGGCUUCACAGCACUUGGGGGCAUCAUCAUGUUCCUCUUCCUGGAGCGUUUCCACAACAUGUUCUGCGGCCACGAGCACAGCCACAGCCACAGUCAUGAGCUUGCUGGGGAGCUGACCAGGAGCAAGGAGGAGAUAGACAAAGAGACAGUAGGCACCACCACCACCAUCGAGGAUACAGGGAGUCAGAGCAUAGACAGGAUAGGUGAGAAACUCUCCAAACAUUCCAAGCAUAAUUCUUUCAUAUAUGCAGAGAGUGUUCUAACUAUGGACACCCAGAACUGUUUUGAAGGUUGCAGCUCCAGCCCAAGCAGUGAUGCCAAUGGGAACACUGGGAAUGGCUUGGAGAGGGGACGUCUGGGAGAGGAUGCCACAGCUUCACCACAUGAGGAGACAGAGGUGACAGUUGGAAUGGAAAAGCCUGCUGAAAAGAAGCUUGCCUCCCAUGCUACUGAAAGGGAGAGGCUGGUCACCACCCCAGCAGAGAAAGAGAUGGGUGGAGAACUCUCACUGAUCCUGGACACUCCAUCUGCCUCAGUGCGGCCCAAGGUGAUACGUCAGAACAGCAGCAGUUUCAAUAUGGUGCUGCAGGAGUAUCAUGUGGGGCACCACGGUCACUCCCACCACGGCCACUCCCAUGUUACAGGUCGCAAGGAUUCCCUUAGAGCCAUGAUCCUGGUAGGGGAUGCCCUGCACACCUUCCUGGAUGGCAUGGCCAUUGGGGCUGCCUUUGGUACAAGCAUCACAGGAGGGGUAGCCACGUCAAUUGCUGUCUUGUGUCAUGAACUGCCACACAAAAUUGGGGACUUUGCUCUGCUGUUUGAGAUGGGCAUGGGGCUUGCACAGGCACUGAAGAUGAUGUUGAUGCUGUGGGUAUUCAGCUUGCUUGGGGUGGUGAUGGGAGUGCUGCUUGGCUCCAUCCCCACAGCCUCCCCUUGGAUAUAUUCCUUCACUGCUGGAGUCUUCAUCUACCUGGCUCUUGUGGACCUAUUGUCUGAACUCUCAGUGAAUCGAGGUGGAAAUUCUGGAGGCGUAGCGACCCAGAUGUUUUGCCAGGGCAUGGGCAUGUUCACUGGCGCUGUCAUCAUGCUCCUCAUUGCUAUCUAUGAACAUGACAUUGAGAACCUGAUCAAUGGCUCCUUCUGAGGCGUCUGUGGAUGAAAACUCUCACCACAAAACCAGAAAAGUUGCCAGCACAUCCAAGACUUCAGGUGGACGCUCCUCACUUGGGACCAUUUUCUUUUAUGUUGUCUUUGGUGGAUCAUGACAGCCCUAGGUCAUAUCUUGUGGAGUGGGUUCUCAAGGCAUUGGUGAGGCAUCUAGUGAGUGUGAAACUUGCUGGAAGAAAAUGAAGAAUUGAGGAGUUGAGAUUGUGUUAUACAAGGAGUCUCCUUUUUUGUGUGUCUCUUGAUGAAGGUGUGGGCAAGCUAUUUUUGCAUGACAAAAAGAAAGAUAAAAAAUGGUAAAGAGAGAUUAUUUUAGUUGUUUUUGUUUGACAGAGGUCUUGGUUUUGACUCCCUUUGUAUAAACAGGUUGUGACGUGUUUGAUCUACGCACGCUGAAGUUUCAGAAACAGGGAAGUUAGCAGUGCCAGACGUGCAUGCAAAGACUAUAUAUUUUAUGGGAAUUGUUUUCUAAAAAAUUUGAAAUUACAAAAAAAUGGUGAUGCAAAUGUGAUGAGUUGUGGUGUGAUAAACUAAUGGUAAAUAUUUUCAAACAUACAAAUAUGUUCAUGAAGAAAAAAUUAACACAAACAUCCACCCCCUAACCCACAGUGUAUUUACUCACACACACACACACACACACACACACACACACACACACACACACACACACACACACACACACAUAGUGGUUGUGCUGUCUACCACUGAGUCUUGAAACAGAACCAGAGACGGGGCGAUAUCUCACACGUGUUUAAGAUGUUUAUGAUAAGUUCCUAUAGUGUACUCGGUUAGUAAGUUUUGAUUGAACCUUUGAGCAUGCAGAAUGGCUAGGGCUCAGGAAUGUGGUGAUAACUGCCUAUUAUGAUGGAGAGGAAGAAUUUGUGAUUUUUUUGCACCCACAGUAUUUUAGGACCUUCCAUGACAGUUGGUUCUCAUCAUCACAGAAUCCUUUCCUUCACUUACUGGAGCUGGGAUUGGCAGGGGCAUGUGCAGCCUAGAAUUUAACUUUAUUCUUUACUGUUAUUUUGUUCAGGUGAACAACUGGAGGACCAGUUUGACGUAGCUCACGUCCCACAGCUGUCACCCUUCAUUCAGGUUACUUGUGUUUGGAAAGACCUUCUGUUCUUGUAUCAGUCUUUCAUGACAUAAUGGGAUACAAUUAAGAACAGAUGCCCCUGAGAAAAAAUCUAGAGGGGAAGUAUUGUUAAAUUGUUAAUGUUUCUAUAUACACACUAUAAAAUUCAUGCAUCCAUUUCAUGGAUUUGAUCAGAUGGAAUAACACCCACAAAAGUGUAUUUUGAACCUAGGAUAUAAAAAAGUUUAGUCUUCAUAUAAUUUAAUUGAGAUAAUUACAUCACAUGAUUGUUAGGAAGUGGAGAAGAAAGCAUCUUACAUGAGUAGACUGAAUGAAGAUCUAAAAUGUUCUAGGACGUAAUGGAGUAACUUGGCAUUACAGUUACUGCAGUCUUUGAAGGGGCCAUUUCAUGUAGAAUGAACUGUGCAUAAUUGUUUCAUGACCCAUAAAACCUCUUCUUGAAUCAUUGUCCUGCAGGAGUGUAUGAUGUAUAUUGUCUCAAAGCAUAAAGAUAUUCCAGGGAUCAUUCUUACUCAAAAUUUUGUGAACAAAAUGAUAACUUUAAAGAUGAAGGAGAUAGCAAUUUUAUCCUAAGGGAAUAUUUAAAGGAGCAUAUGAUUGUUAUAUAUAUAGUUGUGACCCUCUUUAAUUUAGGAUGAGGUUAUACAAUCUCUGUUUUUAUCUAUGACAUAUCCCUUGCAUGUAUUCAGAAUCUUGAUAUAUGAAAGGCAUCUUUAUUUCAUGAUGAAAAGGAAAUGGCAUUUACUGUUUUUUCUCAUAUAUUUACUUUCUUCUCUACAGAUAGAUAGAAUUUCAAUAUACUUUUUUGUUGUUUCAAGUUAUUGAAUAAUAAGCAGUUCCAUUUGCCUCUAUCCCAUAAGUACUGUAAUUUCUCACAAUGCUACCUACAUUUACUUAUGUCAGAAAUAUCAUCACAAGCUCAUUCCCCUAUGCUUCAAUGAUAAGUGAGCAAGAUAUAUAGAUCUCCAAUAUUUAUGGCUCAUCCUUAGUCUGUCACAGAUGAUGAGGAUAUAGGGCUUCCCAGGCCUUCAUGUUAUGGGUUCAUCCAUGCCUAGGGCAAGAGAUGCUGCCACCAUGGCAGGAGAGGAGGCAUCAAAGCAUUCCUUGUCAUUCUCAUCUUAAAGCUAUAAUGUAGUGGGAGCUGUAGCCAAAGGCUUCAUUUGAUUUUGAUUGUGAUUUCCAUUUAUAAUGUACAGGGCACCAUGUUUGAUGCACAUUACAUGUGUAAAAGGGCAUAGAGGGAGACAGUGAUGUGUGCCACCAGUCUUGGUGUCAGAGGUGAUGGCUUUCAAAGUGAGAGGAGGGAAGGGGUGAUGUUCAUCAGCAGCGUGGAAUAUACCUACUAUAUUUAUUUAUUUAUUUAUUUUAUUUAUUUAUUUACUUUCAUUUAUUUAUUUAUUUUAUUUAUUUAUUUAUUUAUUUAUUUAUUUAUUUAUUUAUUUAUUUAUCUAUUUUUGUCAUUUGAGUAACCAUUAUGCUGUGUAUAAGAGCCAGGUGGCUAGUGUUUGGCAUCAAGAUAGAAAUGGAUCCUGUGACUGACUUGGGCUAUAUGGCAUUUCAAAAUUCAGCCUUGGGGCCAGUGGUCUUUCUCAGCCAGGUAUCACUGUGUAUCAUUGCUAGUAAUUACUAUAAUGCUGGUAUUAAUGUCAAGAGCUUGCAGGUCAUUCAGGGAUCUGAUGUUAGGAGGCCAACCAAGUUUUGUUGUGUUGGUACUUAAGUGAAUUUUUUUCCCUUUUUUUUUUUUUUUUGUGAUAUUCUUGCUAUUUCAUUUUUUAUACUUAUUUAUUCAAUGUUACUUAUUUUCUUGAUGUAUUUGUUUGGCUUCACCAUACUAUCUCAGUUCAUUUUCCAUACAUGUAUACACUACACAUUCUCUGAUAAAAUUCACAAUGUUUUAAUGCCUUCAACUAAUCACAUGUGUCUUGAGUGUGAACCCCAGCAGCGCUUAUUAUAGAAAAUGGGGGUUUAUAUAAAAAUUACAAUGAUGAUGAUGAUGACAAAUGAUAAUGAUGAUGAUGAUGAACCAAGAUUCAUAGAUGCUUGCUACUCUGCUCAAUAGAUAGAAGGAAUGAUUUGAUACAGGCUGGCAGUCACUGGCAGGGCGUGGUUUGGUGUGCUGGCUUGCCUGUGGAACUGUUUACUACAUGGGUGCUAACUUCAUGUUGAAUUUGUGUUAAGACUAAAAUAUUAGUUCCAUAGAUGUCUAGGUUAUGUGGCUUUAUUUUGUAUCAUUGUCUUAAGAUUAAAACAAUACAUAUGUAUGUAGUUCCAAAGCAGAGAUCUAGACUGAUUUUUCUUUGUAUUUUUCUAUUAAGGUUGGAAUUAAUAACUAAUUUAAUACCACAUUGGAAAUCUUAAGAUACUGAACUUUAUUUUAUAUAACAUUUAUGUGUUAAGGAUAAAAGGAUAGGACUUGAAAUAGCAAUACUACACCAGAAGACUUAAGGCAUAUAUAGAUUAAGCUCCUAAAUGAGUAAAAUACAUAUAUAUAACAAUAGAAAAGAUAUAUUAUAAUACAUAUACACAUUGCAGGAUUAAAAAUUACAAAUAUAUUUUGUUUACAGGAAAGAAGAAGCACAAAAUAUCAGAAAUGUAUCAUGGAUCUGUUUGUAUCAAGACAGGCAUGCAUAACUGUGAAGUCGCUUUGUUUUUUUGGCAGAUAGAAUAUAAGUUUACAUUUUGUUGAUCUCAUUUCCGUGAUUCUCGUCUGCUUCCGCCAUCCAGAAUCAGUAACACAUCAUAGGCAUGAUUUGUAGUCUUGAAGAUUGGUUUUUGCUUGCACUGAGUGAUUUCACAACACACACACACACACACACACACACACACACACACACACACACACACACACACACACACACACACACACACACACACACACACACACACACACACACACACACACACACACACACACACACACACACUGAUACACUUUCUAUUAAUGUACAUCAAAAUAGCAAAAAUUUUCCUAGGUCUGUAAAGUUUUCAUUGUAGAAUAUGAAGUGAGUUCUUCAUGGUAUUUAUGAUCAUCACCACCAGCAGCCAUUUAUAUUGUGAAGGUGUGUACUCUGAUAUUCUCCUUGUAUUGAGUAUACCAGAUGCCAGGUGAGGAUACCACUGGGUUCUUGUUUAUGUAUGUAGUGGAUGAUUGGUGUGUUCUGGUGGAGGGUCAGUGUGCUUCUAUGAAGGGAAAAUGUAUCAUCCAUAACAAGAUUUUCUUUCUUUUGAGUAAAUGUUGAAGACUCAAUUUUGACAUAAUAUGUAUAAGAGAUUUCUCAUGUUCCAUCAUGUGCUUAGAUCUCCUGAGCCCCAUGCAAUACUGUACCUCUUUAAGAUGUGAUUCUCGUGCCGAAACUUAUUGUGAUCCACAGUAAAACACACAUCAUACAAGCAUAUUUUGAGGCUGCUUAACGGCUUCCCAGGAUAGCUACAAUUUCCACCACUGCACAGAGUUGGUGUGAUGUAAGAAACUGUAGGUGAAGGUUGCACAUCAAUGCUUAACAUAACGCAUAAGUGCUUUUCACGGACAUGUAGCUGUUCAUGCAUACGUACUUAUAAGACCAGGGUUUAUGUGCAAGUAGGACUCAUAUUGUUCUGAGUCACAUCUGAUAUCUUUCUAGUAGUUGCAAAUAUUUUUUCCCUAUGGAAGUGUUCCUUAAUGAAUGUAAGUUUGAAGAUCUCACUUAAGAACAGUGUUUAUUGACAUGGAAACAUCAUCUGAUGAAACCGCAGCAAGUGCAAGAUUUCUCUGUACUGCAUGCUGAUCUUACCUUUGGAUUCCCCAGCUGAUAUAAGUUUCUGAUGUCAAAAAGAAUAAUCUUUAGACCAACCACUUCAGUCCAUGGCCGGUGCUAGAGUUUUCCUCAUAAUAUGUGUGUCCAGUGUGUCCCAGACUGGGCUGAGAGGCAGUGUUCCAGCCCUGUGUGUGUGCGUGUGCAUGUGUGAUUUAGGCUUCCAGUUAGGCCACACAGAGAGGUCCUCCUGUACAUCAGUCAAUUUGAAGUCAUUUAGAUUUCCUGCAUAUAAUGGCUGGAAACUGUCUCCUCAGAACUUAUCCUGGACUGGAAGAGGUUACAGCAGCAGGGUGUGUCUUAAGCACUAUGUGACAAAGGAAAGUAAAUGAUGUCAAAAUUAUUAGUGUAAAGGUAGGCCAUUCUGUGUUUUCAGUCUCAUGUUGUAGGCAGUUUGUAGUUACAUGUUUGUCUUUCUUUAACAGCAGUGGUUGGGGUUCAUCUUCACAAUACUAUCUUUAUAAGUUUCAUCAUGGAGAAGCUAAUAUCAUCAUGUCCAAUUACUGUUAAUAUUUGAGUAGUACAUGUCUGUACUUAUACUGUCUUAGGCACUGAGUUAUGAUACACCAUUUCCAAAACCAUCAAGGAAACAUUCAUUGAUGUAUCAUGACAGUAAUCAUGUCAGUGUUGUUUCUACAUAAAUAUGAGGCUUUUA